CGUUCCAAAACGAUUUCAAAGGCGCGUGCCAAGCGCUCCUGCGCGCGCCGCACCGGCUACGCAACAGACACCCAGACACUUUCAGCAUCAUCAGCUGUGCGUGCGGUAGGCGGACCCGGAGCACUCUUCACAUCCCACUUUGGAGAAGAUUACUAGGAUAAUUCACCGAGGAAACACAUGACAGCGAGGCUGUGGAGAGGGAAGGCGCUGGGACGUGUCGCUGGACAGAAGAGGCGAGAAAAGAAGGUCGAGACAGAGCCGAGCUGCGAGCGGAGGCGAAAGCUGCGUGGAGAUAUUUGGAGUUCGAAGAGGGCACCGCUACUUCCCUGAUCCCAGGAGGAAAAUCAAAACUUUGGUUUCAAAGCACUUACAACUGUCAGGCAUUUACACUUUUCGAAGGACAGAAUAUUAUUUACCUGAGGAGACAUGAGUGAGGACAAUCCAGCUGAGACUGUGGAAAAUUCCUCAGCAGAGGUGAACGCUAUUCCAAAUGGGAAAGGCCAUGAACCUGGAGAGGAGAUCACAGCAUCUGCAAAAACACCUUCUGCAGAAGACUGUGAAAAUACUUGUAGAGAAACUGUAGCCAAUAGCACCCAGAAUACUUGUCCUCACAGAACUGAAAACACAGAAGCCAGCCUCCCUGAGAGCCAGGAGUUCUUAUCAGGCGCUGAGGAUAAGAAAACAACUCGCUUCACGGAUUUUGAAGGGAAAACCUCCUUUGGGAUGUCCGUCUUCAACCUGGGCAAUGCAAUCAUGGGAAGUGGAAUUUUAGGACUUGCAUACGCCAUGGCCAACACAGGAGUCGUCCUGUUUCUGUUGCUCCUCACAGUGGUUGCAGUUCUUUCGUCAUAUUCAAUCCAUUUACUGCUAAAGUCAUCUGGUAUUGUAGGUAUUCGUGCGUAUGAGCAGCUCGGCUACAGGGCCUUCGGGACUCCGGGAAAGAUGGCUGCAGGUAUUGCCAUCACGCUCCAGAACAUUGGAGCAAUGUCCAGUUAUCUUUACAUAGUCAAGUAUGAGUUCCCUUUGGUAAUCCAGGCAUUUCUGAAGGUCGACGUGCCUGCAGGUGAAUGGUACCUGAACGGAAACUAUCUGGUCAUUAUCGUCUCUGUGGCAGUGAUAUUACCACUGGCUCUGAUGAAACAGCUAGGAUACCUGGGAUACACCAGUGGAUUUUCACUGAGCUGCAUGGUGUUCUUCCUCGUUUCUGUCAUCUACAAGAAGUUCAACCUCCCUUGUCCGUUUGUGGACUUCGCUCCUAACAGCACUCAGAGCGUGGUGAAUGUCACUGUCAACGACCCCGGUGGGGAGGACAAUCCGGCCUGCAUUCCCAAGAUGGCCAACCUCAAUACACAAACAGCCUACACCAUUCCAAUCCUGGCGUUCGCCUUUGUGUGCCACCCUGAGGUCCUCCCUAUCUACACAGAGCUGCGCAAUCCCACUAAGAAAAAGAUGCAGCAUGUGUCCAAUAUUUCCAUUGCAGUCAUGUACGUCAUGUACUUCCUGGCUGCUCUGUUUGGAUACCUAACUUUCUACGAUGAAGUGGAAGCAGAGCUACUUCACACAUACAGCCGCAUCGACCCUUAUGACACUUUAAUCCUUUGUGUGCGAGUGGCUGUUCUCACUGCUGUCACACUUACAGUACCGAUCGUGCUCUUUCCUGUAAGGAGAGCAAUCCAGCAGAUGAUGUUCCCCAAUAAAACCUUCUACUGGCCUCGUCACAUUGCAAUUGCCAUCACUUUGCUCACGUUCAUCAACCUGCUGGUCAUCUUUGCCCCAAACAUCUUGGGCAUCUUUGGGAUUAUUGGUGCCACGUCCGCCCCCUGUCUCAUCUUCAUUUUCCCUGCUGUCUUCUACAUCCGAAUUGUACCCAAAGAAGAGGAGCCUCUGCGCUCAGUUCCAAAAAUCCUGGCCGCCUGUUUCGCUGGGAUCGGUUUCCUAUUUAUGAUAAUGAGUCUCAGCUUUAUCAUCAUUGACUGGACAUCAGGCAGCAGUAAAGCGAGCACUGGUCAUUAGAAACCUACUGUAUUAUUUUUUUUCAGCUUUUAUAUUGUUUGGAUUUGGAUUUUGUGUUGUAAUGUUACUAUUUUGAUGUCCAAUCACUGAUGUUUGAAGAUGCCCUUCCUUUUUUCUAAGAGAAUAUCUGCUACAGAGAUGAGAGUUUGGGGGUGUGGAGCGUCUCUCUCCUCUCUAAGCUCUCUGGUUCUGGUGGAGAUAAAUUGUACUGUACAUCCUACCAAACAGUAACAGUGGAUCCAGGCCAGUAGAAGUGCUUGGGAAGUUUUAACAGUUAAUUUACUGAAGUGCCAGAUGUGUGAUGAUUGACUGUGACACUGGGAGGCUGAGUUUUGUGAGGACAAAGUGGAAAAGCAAAGAUAAAGUUAGCUCCUGUCCUGAAAGGAUCUUUAAUAUGAAAACUACAAAUUACAUAGAUAUUUUGAUCUGUCUCCUGUUUACCAGCUAAUGUAAAAUGAUUUAUAUAUAUUUUGUAGAAUUUCUGUACUUAGAAUUAAUUAUAUAAUUAUAUUUUUUUCACAGCAGUUGCACUUUAAAAGUGCAAAAGACAAUUAUUGCUACAUUUUGGGCACUACUUUUGCUUAUUACAUGAGAGAACUACAAGCACACUUAUUACCAAGAAUAAAUACGUGGCCAAGUGAUUCAGCUGACAAAGCUAAAAAAUGCGGCCUUUUCCUCAAGGUGUGCCACCUGAACAUUAAACUAACUCUUGCUGCUGCUCUUUAUUUUAUAUCUUGAAGUUUUCAGCUUUCUUUCAAUUCUUCCUGUUGACCAGGGUGUUAAACUAAAAUGUAAAGCACAGUUACAUAUGUCCUAUCAGAUAUAGUCUAAAAAGUGUAUUGUAUUGUUUUACUGGAAAAAAAACUAAGACUGAUUAGCUAGUACUGGAUAACCCAGGAGACACAUUUUGAAUUCUGCCAACAUAGCACAAUAUAUGCCUAAAUUGUGCAGGUAUUCCUUGUUUUCAGUAUUACUUUGUAAGAGGACAGGUAGAAAUGGUACUGAGGACCUCGUCUGUUGGAUUGCUUAGCCCCAAAAAGAUAACCACAGUGCAGAGAAGACUGCUGAUCAGGUUGUAUUAUCAGAUAAACCUGGGGUUGGGCUCUUGGAUGAUUUGAUGAACUGUUUUUAAGUAUUUGCUAGUCGUAAUAUGAGAUAACCAAAACAUACAGCGCCUUGCAAUAUUAUUCAUGCCCCUUGGGCUUCUAAACAUUUUCUCAAGUUGCAGUGUUAAAUAACAUAUUUUUUCAAGAUUUCAUGGGAUAGACCAACACACAGAGCACUUAAGUUUGAAGUGGAAGUAUGAGGAUUCGUGGUUUUCAUAAUUUUGACAACUAAACAUCUUUUUCAUGCAUUCUUAUUCAUGAAUUUGGAGUCAAUACUUUGUAGCAUCUGAUCAAAUGAAUUACAGCUGCAAAUGGUUUGAUGUAUGUCACAGCUAGAUUUAAACAUGUACAUACUGAGAUUGUUGGCCAUUCUUCUAAAAAAAAAAAAGAGCUUAAGUUUUGUCAAACUGAAUGGAAAACAACUAUGAACAGCAAUUGCCUCAGAUUCUCAAUUCAGUGUAGCUCUGGACUUUGGACCAUUUUAGCAAUUGAAUUUGAUCUAAACCACUCUAUCACAGCUCUGGUUGUGUGUAUAGAGUUGUGGUCCUGCUGGAAGGUGAGCUUUAGUAUACAGUAUUUUGUAGCCUCUAAUGGGAUUUCUUCCUUCUUUUCACUCCCCCAUAAAGGCCAGAUUACAAGACUAAUAGUUGUCCUACCUGAGCUGCGCAUCUCUGGAACCCCUCCAGUUACCAUAACCUCUUGGUCCUGGUAUGAACCAAUUUAUUAAAAAAAAUAAACAGCACAAUAACACAUCUUGAUGUGUGUUGCGUGUGUAAAUGAUGGAUUGAACAGAGCUCUGUGAAAUGUUAGAAGAUUGGGACAUUGCUUCAUAACCUAACGCUACUUUAAACUUCUCCACAACUUUCCCCUUGACCUGCCUGCUGUGGUCUUUUGUUGCACAAGAAUCACUUUGGGGGUAUCAGAGUGGCAGGAAUACAAAAGAACAUCAACCUUUUGGGUUUAAAUUUGUAUUUCUUUCUACUUCACAAUUAUUUUCCAUUUCGUGUUGAUUUAUCACAUAAAAUCACCCUGAAAUUCACUGAUAUUUGUUAUUGUUACCUCAAAAAUAAGAAACCUAAGGGGUAUGAAUAUGUUUUUGCAGAGUAUUGCACAAAAGAAACCCCACCAACAACAGGGUCACUAAUCAAAGAGAUUGCUAUCAGUAACUGGAAAUAGGAAAUAUUAGGACAAGCCUUACUGACACUAGUCCGUCACGCACACUAGUGACCAAUCAUGUCUGUCUCAGCUGUAAGUGUGUUUGUUAUUUAGCAGGUGGUUAGCAACGCACUAUUACUUCAAAAAGCACAGCAAUGUAGACCAGUUAAUGAGAUAAAAUGCAAAUAAAUAUAUCUGAAGAUGUGACUUAAGGGUAAGCUACUUUUGUUUAACAACAUUUUUGAUUGUUCUGCCUAAUGUAGUGGAUUAGUAACAUAUGAAUAACCUGCAAUAACCCUAUCAAAGUUAACAUUCCUUAGAGCCUCCAUGAUAAUGAAUAUACUCCUGUUAUGUGCUCCCUGAAUAUGAUGAAUAAUUUAUUGGAUGUAAUGUUGGAGGUUUUUGAGUGUCAUUUAAAAAGAGAAACCAUGAUUCCACUGUAAGUGAACCAUACUACAUUUGUGACGUUUUAACUCCCAUCUACACUAUACUCCGAUCAAAAAGUAUAUAAUCACGUAAGUGUUCCUCGUCCUUCGAUGGGUGAAGUGUUGUUCAAAACGUCAUGUUGGAUGUUUUAUGUGGAUAUUUCGGAUGAAUCCGAGUCAGUAAUGAAAUGCAAAAUGAUUGUUUUUCUCACGUUUGAUUUUUUAAAUUAUAUAGUGAGUGGUUUAUCAUCAUUGGUGGUCACGUCUGUCUUCCUCGCUGCUUCUUGGCAGACACAAACCUACUAACUUAGAAGUCCUCAGUAAGAUGUUGGGCUUGCAUACACUUCAAUAUUGUUUUCUAUGAUAAAAAAAAUCUUACACCAGACUACUAAAAGUGCUGUAUGAAUAUAUUAAUAAUGUCCUGUUUGUCUUUUGUUACACAACAAAUCUCUUUUAAUCCCCUUUUAUUUUUAUUACCUUAUAUAUGUUUCUUUUAUGUGUUUGUUUGUGUGCAGAGGAAUCGUCUGCAUCAGCCAUUGCAGCAUAACUUGGUGUUUGAUGUUCAGCUAAUUUAUGCUUUUAUUUCUCCCUUUCCUUGUUUGAACCUGAUAUUUGGCUGAAGCAAAAGUCGGCCAUUUGAUUUAAUUAAUUAAUAAUAAUAAUAAGGUUGCACAAUGAUAUGUCUUCACAACAUGCACAAACAGACAAACAUGAAUAAAUGACGCAACAAUAAAUGAGGAUACAACAGGAUCUCUGAGGAGACCUUGGUGUUGUUUGGCCUCCUUGAUUGUGCAAUUUCCUAAUAUGCAUUUGAUUGAACAGCAUAACAUUAAUUAAAUAAUGACAUCAGCCAGCAUUUAUAAAUAAUGUAUAUAAAUGUAUACCCUUUAUAUUCUAUAUUCAUAUCUAGUUUAUAUAAUGUAAAUAGCAAUUAAAGAUUUAGUCCGAUUAAAAAAGUAAAUGUAAUCAUUUUCAAAGUGCUUUUAAACCUUAUUGUCCUUCAAUUUAUGUCUAUUUUCUUGUAUCUCUAUAUUUUAAUAUGUUGCUGGCAGUUAUUGUACUGUAAAUGAUGUUGCAAUAAAGAUAAUGGGGUAACAUGA